CUUCUGGCUGUACUAAAAUAUAUAAUUAGCAGAUGCUGUAAUUCACUCCAUAGACAGACUAGGAUGAAGAGUGGCACACGGUCACAUUAGAUAAGUGCAUUUUCACUCAGAUGUUGUACAUCUGGACAUGUGCACUGAAGGUAGGUGAUGCUAAAGACCUCUUCCCACAGAAGACAAGAAACAGAAAUCUGCCCUGUGAAGGAGGAGAGGCGUAGGACGACAGUACAAGUCCUGAUCGUCUGCCUUCUCUUCGUCCUGUGUGCACAAAGCAGCGCCUUGGAAAGACGAACUCAGCAGCAGCGGCAGCAGAGGGAGGAUGGCCUGCGCGUUCGGCUGAUCGGAGGGGACCGAAGUCUGGUCAUGGAGAAACUAAAAGGUCCCGCCGCGGGAUGCACCACCGCCACCUGUGGAUGGAGAGCCCUGCUUCUCCCGCAGCUGAAUCGGCAGUCCCUGUACGUGUACGGCAGCGAGAUGGCCGUGGAGAAGGAGUGCAUGCGGCAGCUGCAGAGCGGAGUCUUUGUUAUCCAUCCGUUCAGCCUCAUGAGGAGUUACUACAUCAUGUGCAUGAUGGCCAUCACGUUCCUGAACCUGAUUGGGAUUCCCAUGGAGAUAGCCUUUCUGGACGGAAACAGCGGUCUGGCAUGGGAAGGAUUUAAUGUGUUUUCAGACACGUUGUUCCUGAUAGAUGUGGCUCUGAAUUUCCGCAUGGGCAUCAUAGCAGAGGACGGGGAGGAAGCUAUUCUGGAUAUUAAGCGGAUCCGAGUCAGUUACCUGAGGACAUGGUUCAUACCGGACGUUAUAGCUGCUUUCCCAAUCGGCUACAUACUGCUGUUCGCGGACUUACAAUACCACAACGACGACAACCCCUCCAAGACCAACAAGAUGAUGAGGAUCCUGAUGUUCGUGCGGAUCCUCAGCUUGAUCCGGCUGGCUCGAGUGUCCCGACUGGUCAGGUUCUUCAACGAGGUGGAGAAAGUGUCUAAUGCAAACCUGGAGGUGGUCCGCCUCUUCUUCCGCAUCUUGUCUUUGUUCAUGAUGAUUUUCCUGCUGUGUCACUGGAACGGCUGCAUCCAGUACUUUGUCCCCAUGCUGGAGGAGUUUCCCACCGACUGCUGGGUCCGCAAAGAAAACCUGAUGAAUGCAACAGUGAGCGUGAAAUACUCCUGGGGAGUUUUCCGGGCCCUCUCCCAGAUGAUCGCCCUCUCGUAUGGCUCCAUGGACGCACCGACAAAUUAUGUGGAAAUGUGGAUCGUGAUGGUCAGCAUGGUGUCGGGUUGUCUGAUGUACACCGUCCUCGUGGCCAACGCUACAACCAUGAUCGCCAACAUCGACCCGGCGGCCAAAGAGUACAAGAGCAAGAUGAGCCGGUUGGAGCACUACAUGGCCUUCAUGAAGCUCCCGCCAGAGCUGCAGCUUCGCAUCAGCAACUACUACCAGGCUCGCUACGGAGGGAAGUGGUUUCAAGAGAAGGACGUCAUGCACACGGUGUCCUCUGCGCUCAAAGAGCAAAUCCUGAUGGUGAUGUGCAGCCGGCUACUAAGAAAGGUGCCAAUGUUUCAGACCAGAGAUGAAAACUUCAUAAACGCCGUGCUCGUCAAACUGGAGUACGAUGUUUUCCUGGAGGGAGAUGCCAUCGUCCGACAGAACGUCCCGGGGGACCGCAUGUUCUUCAUCGACCACGGCCAGGUCCUAAUGGAGACCGACUCCUACGACAGGGAACUGUGUGACGGAGACUUCUUUGGAGAGGCAUGCGUGCUAACCAAAGGCAAACAUCUGGCCACAGUGAAGGCGCUGACCGACUGCCAGUGCUUCUCUCUGUCCUGUGACGACUUUCAUGAGGUGCUUCAGGGCUUCCCAGAUGUCAAGAAGGACUUGGAAAAAAUAGUUCAGCUCAACUCUGAUGGUGAACUUGUGUAAGACCAAACACAGUGCUUUUUUACUGUGUGAAAAGGACAGGAGAUGUGGAUAUGUCCAGCACAUCUUAUGUGAUGACAGUAAGACUUUGGCUGAUUGCUCGUGUGGACACGAGUUGGACACAUACUCUCUGAUGAGAUGGAUAGUUGUAGAGCAUUUUAUUCUGACUGGUUAUUAUUCAGUCUUCUGAUCCGUCAGUUAUCAGCAAUAAACAACGACCUCAACAGUAAAAACGGGUCAAACGUUCAAUAUGUGCUUUCUUGUUAAUGUUGCAAUUUAGCGUUGAUGUUUGGGAAGUCAAUGCAUACCUUAGUGACAGAACCAGAUAUUAAGCCUUAAAGGGACUUUCUACUUUUUACAACUUGGGCUUUAAAAACAACAGAGUGGGCAAGAAACACCUGCAGUCGAACAACAAAUCCCCCAUGUUAGCUAAACUUAUUUAAACAAAGACUAACAGUGAAAUUAUAACCCAACUGUUCAAACAUCAUAAUUUAUAGCAUAUCACAUUACCAGCACACAGGUGCACUCACCUUUUAGCGUUACCUCCUGAUAGUCAUUUACAUAAUCUGGAAAGACUUGUAGGAACGGGGCGAUGUAGGAUUCUAUCGCGCAAUAAGUUGACCGUGAUGAAUUUCCAUUAUCUGGAUAAUCGUGAAUAUCUUCACAGGUGUGGUGAUGGCCUAGUGGUACGCCUUCCAAACAAAACAGGAGUUCAAUACCAGGCUGCCACCAGUGUACCCCUGAGCAAAGUACUUAACCCUGAGUUGCUCCAGGGAGACUGUCCCUGUACUUAGUUCAAUGUAAGUCACUCUGGAUAAGAGCGUCUGCUAAAUGACCUGUAACAUAAGAGAACUGAACAAGCUUCUCAAGGCAGAGAAGGGGAAAAUAAAGCCUGAUAAAAGAAUACAGGAAUUAUUUAAGAAAGAACAGACUGUCUGACUUGUGUUUCUUACCCGCUUGGACUUUGUUGCUAAGUCACCCUCAGAUCUCAGCAAUUACUUUGAGUGCUAGCGGCUCUGUGAGGCUGCACUCACCAAAGUCCCUAAGAUUCAUCGUCUGUGGACCGUUAAUGUCUGUACAAAACCUCAUGCAAUUUAUCCAAUAUUUGUUACUUCAGUCUGGACCAAAGUGGUGUCCGGACUGUCCUAAGGAUGGCUUAGAUAAAACCCAAGUUGUAAUAAACUGGAAUUUUGCUAUAAAAGGAUUUAAAAAAACAACUCAUGUAUGUCAUUUUUGUUUUUCUCUAAAAUUACAUUUAUUUGGAAUAUUACACGACAUGUUAAUGCCACUGUGAAAGCAACAAAAAUAAAGCCGAUGCUGUAAUAUGA